AGAAGAUCACUUGAAGUAACAGCUCCCUGUGGCGUGGCAGUCCUCAGUUGCAGCAGUCGUUGAGCGCUCCAAGGAACAGAGCACCAUAAGGAUGUACAACAUGUUGUCUCUGAUGGUCUUGUGCCUGCUGGGAGCCACAUCCCUGAGUAACGCGGGCUACUCCUAUUCCCCAGCGGUGGGCAGGGGAGAGGGCACAGCAUACGCUACCGAGGGAGAAGGACGCAUCACUGCUGUACGAGUCUGGGAAGUCUACAAUAGCUACAUAACUGGCUUCCAGCUAAGGUACAACUUCGCCUGGACUCCUGUGUACGGCCGCAAGUAUGCCACAGAGAAUGAGAUGGAGCUCUUCGAAGGGGAGACGAUUGUGCAGGUGUGGGGGAAGUACCACACCAGCCACUACAUUUAUCAGAUUGGAUUUGGCACCAACAGGGGCCGUUCUCUGAUUGUUGGGCUGCCAACCGGCUACUCCUUCAACUUAUAUCCCGCCCACAGCGGCAGCGAGCUCCUGAAACUCAGUGGCAGGCACAACUCUGGUGGCAUCACCUCCAUUGCGGCGCACUGGGGAGAGGUCAACACAACGGCAUCACACUAAUGCUAGAAAACGACUCUUCUCUUCUACACUCACCUCUGAAGCAUUAUACUAAACCAGGGCCAUGGAAGUAAGAGUUAGGCCAAUCCUACUGACCUCAGUGGUGCAUUUUUACACAAAGAUAGCGACUCAUGGAGCCUUUGACACACAGAUUGCCAUUGACAUAGUUCCAAAAUAGUUAUAGGAAGUGAACGUUCAUCAGAUAGAGUGCAGUAAAGGUUAAUGUAAUUUAAUUUAUUUCUACUGUAUGUCAUCUUUGCUUGUUAUGUGGUGGUUCUGUG